GGAUAAACCGGAGCGGCUGGGGGCUGGAGGCAGCGGAGUCGGAGCUCCGAGUGUCGUCUGUCCUUCCGCGCCUCGGUCCGGCGUUCGUAGCUGACGGGACCGGCUCCGCGAGCGAUCAGUAACCCGGAGAGGGGGGUCGUUGGAGGAGGGCCGACCAUGGGGCUUUGCAAGUGCCCCAAGAGGAAAGUGACCAACCUGUUCUGCUUCGAACACCGAGUGAAUGUCUGCGAGCACUGCCUGGUAGCCAAUCACGCCAAGUGCAUCGUCCAGUCCUACCUGCAGUGGCUCCAAGACAGUGACUACAACCCGAACUGCCGCCUGUGCAAUGCACCCCUGACCACCCGGGAGACCACCCGCCUCAUCUGUUAUGAUCUCUUCCACUGGGCCUGCCUCAACGAACAUGCUGCCAAGCUCCCCGAAAACACAGCGCCUGCUGGCUACCAGUGCCCCAGCUGCAACGGUCCCCUCUUCCCCCCCGCCAACCUGGCCGGCCCCGUGGCCUCUGCAUUGAGAGACAAACUGGCCACAGUCAACUGGGCCCGGGCAGGACUAGGCCUUCCGCUGAUCGAAGAGGCGGAGAGCCCAGAGCCCGAGGCCCUCAGCACGUCCAGCUUCUCCGACUGGGCCAGCUUUAACGCAAGCGGCCCCGAGCACGAGGAAGCGACUGGGGUCUCCGCAGCCCCCACCUUCUACAACCCCGCCCCACCCCCCAGCCGGCCCGAGCAACACACAGUGAUCCACAUGGGCAGCUCCGAGCCCAUGGCCCAUGGCUCUGCUCCGAGGAAAGUAUACGACACGCGGGACAGUGACCGGGCAGCAGGUGUCCAGGGCGACUGUGAUGAUGACAAGUACCGGCGCCGGCCUGCCCUGGGCUGGCUGGCCCAGCUGCUCCGGAGCCGGGCCGGGCCCCGGAAGCGGCCGCUGACGCUGCUGCAGCGUGCGGGACUGCUCUUCCUGCUCGGGCUCCUGGGCUUCCUGGCCCUGCUGGCCCUCCUGGCGCGCCUGGGCCGGGCGGCGGCUGACAGCGACCCCAACCUCGACCCGCUCCUGAACCCUCACAUCCGCGUGGGCCCCUCCUGAGUCCCACGCCUGGCUGGGCCUGCUGCGGACC